AUGGCGGCACCCAGCGACGCACUUAUCAAGAAGGUGUGCAACGUGUUCCCCGCCACCUUUGGGGUAGACACCGAAGAGGAACUAACUCCUGCGGAAGGUCGACUUUCACGCCCUUUCCGAUACUACUUGGACACAGUGUUGGGGUCUGGGACUUCCGGAACGGUGCUCUACGCCCGUCGCGUGCGCGAUGAUCACCCGUUCGCGGUCAAGGUGAUGGACGUAGAGGGCUACACACCGCAGGAGAUCAUGCGCGCGUCUGGUGAGGUGUGCUGCCUGCUCAGCUGCGACUACUUCUCGAUUGUCAAGUGCCACGAAGACUUUGUGUACAGCGACGAGAAGUAUCCGGAGAGUGUCUCCAUGAUGGCUAUGGUGCUGGACUACGCCAACGCCGGUGAUCUCCGCCAAGAAAUAAAGAGCCGAAGCAAGACGAACCGCCCUUUUGCAGAGCAUGAGGCCGGCCUGAUCUUCAUCCAGGUGCUGCUGGCCGUCCACCAUCUCCACUCGAAGCGCAUGAUUCACCGUGAUAUCAAGAGUGCCAAUAUCCUGCUGUGCAGCAAUGGUCUUGCGAAGCUUGGCGACUUCGGUUUUAGCAAGCACUACGCCGCUACCGUGAGCGAAGAUGUCGGCCGCACGUUCUGUGGGACCCCCUACUACGUGGCACCGGAGAUUUGGCAGCGUCGCCCGUACAGCAAGAAGGCGGACAUGUUCUCGCUUGGCGUGCUUCUUUACGAGCUGCUGACGCUAAAGCGUCCCUUUGACGGCGGGGAUAUCGAGGAGGUUAUGCACAAGACACUUGCUGGCCGCUUCGACCCCUUGCCAGACAGCAUUAGCAAGGAGGUGCAAACAAUCGUUUCGGCACUGCUGCAGAGCGAACCCAAAAAGCGUCCGUCUAGUAAGACGCUGCUGAACACGCCAACGUGCAAGCUGUACAUCUCCGUUGUGCGGGAGAUCGUGCAAAGCGGGGAGACCGGCGGCUUUUCUGCUGAGCAGGAAACGACCAUAACGCGGCAGCUGAAGCAGACGAAGGAGGAGCUGCAGGUCGACCGCCGCCGCCCACCCUUGUCGAUGGAGGAUGUUCUGCGCACGACUGUGAGGGUGUCUUUGAGCGAGUCAACCGAUCGCAUCGGGUUUAUUUUGUACGGAGGCAAGGUGAUGAAGCAGAGCAGUGACCUUAGCUGGAAGCGCCGCUAUGUGUGCGUUUACGGCGAGGUGGAAAAGGGAUGCCCGCUGACCGGCGACGUGGCAUCCUGUCUGGUCUCGCUCGAGCUCGUGCAGGCGGUAUCUCGUGAGACCCUGGAGCAGCAGUGCAUUUCAACCCCCUUUUCGGACUUGGAGGAUGUCUUCCCGGUAAUCAGCAAGUACACUGGCUCGGAUGCAGCGCACGCCUUCGCCGUGGCCUUCAAGAACGGCCGACGCAUAUUGUUUGACGCGGAUGAUGACAAUGACCGCGAUGGCUGGAUGCGUUCCAUCCAAAGCUUCCUUGGCAUCGGAGACGAGGAUGACUGA